AUGGGUGGGAGUGGGAACACGCAGCGCUCCGAGACUUUACCAAGAGAACGCUGUCUGCUUGGACUGGUAGCAUCUGAUGAAUUAAAACCUGCCUGCAUCAUGGACCCUGUGGCGCAACUUAGGGAUAAGCUCAUCGCGAGGGACUACGGCAGCAUCAUCGAGCUGGGCAGGAUCUUCAGACGCAUGGCUAAUGAGGACCACCGCCCCAACAUGAGCUUAGAGGAUUUUGAGAGUGGCAUCGCUGAAUACGCCGUCACGCUGGAGAAGGACGAGGCCGAAGCUGUGUUUAAAGCAAUAGACAAAGAUGGAAGUGGGACGCUUGACAUAAAUGAAUUCAUCAAAGCUCUAAGGCCACCCAUGCCAAAGGAAAGAGAAGACGCAGUCCUCCAAGCGUUUCAGGCGAUUGAUCAAUCAGGAGAUGGAGAGAUCAGUACAGAUGAGGUCAGGAAAUACUACAACCCCAAAAUGCACCCGAUGGUCCGCCGCAAAAAAUGGACAGAGGAACGCGCUCUCGAAGUCUUUCUGAAAGUGUUUGAAACCCCCGGGGACAAGGAUGGAAAGGUAACGCUGGACGAGUUCAUCAACUUCUAUUGUAACGUGAGUGCAUCCACCGAGGACGACGAAGACUUUUUUCAAAUCAUCAAGAACGUGUCCAAGGAUGUGGUCAUUGUUACUAUUUUGGGCUCCGCUGACAUCCACUGCUUGAAGAACGAGCAACAGAAACCUACGUGUUUGAAGUAG